GCCGUUCUAUCUCCAGGAUCUCCAGAAUCUUCAUUUCUGAAAGCGCUCCAUUUUCACGUUCUUCACUUCCCUCUCGAGUUCGAAUCGAAACUUUGUAUCAGUGCGCUGAUGAGUUUUGCUUGACUCAUCACAGUAAUGGAGGCCUCUGCUCUGACCACUGUGGCUAGCAUGCCGACUUCGUCUCGCAACGGCGACAAGGCGCUCGUUGCCAUCUCCGGUCCGUUUCCCCUCCGGAGGAAGUGGUCGGCGACCGGAAGCUUCCGUUUGCGGAGGAGAUUUGAGAGGCUCACGGUUCUUGCCUCCAAGGAGGAGGAGCCGAGACUCAAUCAAUGGGACCAGAUGGAGCUUAAAUUCGGCCGCAUGCUCGGUGAAGAUCCGAAAUUGACUAUGGCCAAGAUAAUGGGGAGGAAAGCAAAUCCGGAUGCUUCUUUUCUUGAAAUCGAGAAAUCGUUCUACAAGAAAAAGGGUGAUAUCAAGGAGGUGCCAUUUGAAGGGACGGAGGAGGGCAAGUCGUCCAGCUCAUCAGAUGGUUUGAAUUUGGCUCGGCCUGUCCCUAAAAAAGGUGUGAAAUUCCAGAGUGAUAAGCCAAUGGCAUCAGAACCGAAGAGACCAACACCAUCGGCUGAGAAGUCUAAAUAUAGUCCGAAGAGUAGUGUUCCUGAUGUCAUAUUGAGAAAGCCGACUGUCUUUAAUGAGGAUGACGUUGAAGAUAAGCCAUCUAAGUUGAGAAUUAAGCGAAACUUGUCACUACGAAUGAGCAACCAGCCGGUGAUGAAGGAGAGAUUCAGUGACAUGACAUUGUUGAGAAAGCCUGAACCAACUAAUGUCAAUAGGAAUCUUUCCAGAGAAGUAGUACCUGCAAAUGCCUCCGGAUCUGUACAUGGUGAAAAUAGUGAACUGCAGAUGCGAAAUGAAGAGAUAAAGGUUGAAGCAAAUGAUUUUACACUAAUAAAGAAGCCUGAGACUGUGACUGAUGGGCAUGGACAAGUUGGCUAUUCUGAAGCUCUUUCCACUGCUGAUGGAGAGGAGAAAGGUUUGAAAUCUGUAUCUGGGGAGACAAGUGCAACUACAGGAGAAUUUGAAGCAUCCACAACAAGUACUGAUGUACCUCUCUCUAGAAUUGAACCCAAUGAUGAUAUUGUCUUAGGAUCACAGCUGCAUGAGCAGAGCCAUGUAGAUUCUGGUGUCAAUUUUGGUAAGACGGCCGCACUACAGGGGAAACCAAAGAGAAUGGUUGAACACGCUAGAGGAAUCUCAAAUAGUGACAGAGUGGAGACAUCAACCCCAACAUUUGACCGUCAUGGUGAUGAUUUUAAACUUGGUAGUGUCUGUACCCCUGAAGUUGAGGACCGUGACGAUGCUGAUUGGACCCGAGCUGAGCAUCUGGUUAAGACGGGAGAAAGAGAAGAAGUGGAGUUACUAAGCUCUAGCACCAGAGGUUUUGUUGUGUCUUUUGGUUCAUUGAUAGGAAUUUUGCCAUACCGCAGUCUUGCCACCAAGUGGAAGUACUUAGCAUUUGAAUCAUGGCUAAUACAGAAGGGAUUAGACCCGUCAAAGUACAGGCAAAACCUUGGAGUUAUAGGAAGUUAUGAUGUUAUGGACAAAAGUAGUUCUACCAGUGGAGGUCUAGAUCCAGAAGACGUUCCACCAAUAAGCAAAGAAAUCUCACCAGAUAUGAAAUUGGAAGAUCUUCUUAGGAUUUACGACCAAGAGAAACUCAAGUUCUUGUCUUCAUUUGUUGGACAGAAAAUCAAGGUUAAUGUGGUAGUGGCUGACAGAAAGUUUAGAAAGCUUCUCUUUUCUGUGAAGCCCAAAGAAAAGGAGGCAAUUGUUGAGAAGAAAAGAAGUCUCAUGGCCAAACUUCGCAUUGGGGAUGUUGUCAAAUGUUGUAUUAAGAAGAUCACAUACUUUGGCAUUUUUGUGGAGGUUGAAGGCGUGCCUGCACUAAUUCACCAGACAGAAGUGUCAUGGGAUGCUACUUUGGAUCCUGUGUCCUAUUUUAAAAUUGGUCAGGUUGUGGAGGCCAAAGUUCAUCAACUGGAUUUCGCACUUGAACGCAUUUUCUUGUCACUGAAGGAAAUUAUGCCCGAUCCGCUGAUUGAGGCCUUGGAGUCAGUUGUUGGUGAUGGCAAUUCCUUUGAUUGGAACCUGGAAGCUACACAAGCAGAAUCCGAGUGGGUUGAAGUGGAGUCACUUAUCAAGGAGCUGCAACAGAUUGAAGGAGUGCACACUGUGUCAAAAGGUCGUUUUUUCUUGAGCCCAGGUUUGGCCCCAACAUUUCAGGUUUAUAUGGCAUCCAUGUUUGAAAAUCAAUACAAAUUACUGGCUCGAUCUGGAAACAAAGUACAGGAGGUAAUAGUUGAAGCAUCGUUGGACAAAGAAGAUAUGAAAUCCAUAAUUUUGAUGUGCACCAACCAAGUCGAGUAGCUUGCUCAUCCUUUUUCCUAAGUCCAUUGCAAUCACUCUCUUUCUGAUGGAAAAUAUCAUUCAUCUGGUGAGUAUCCUCCAAGAUACUAGCAGAAGUGGACCAUAUGAACUGGGAAUUGCGCUUUCAGAGCCAAAGGUGUUAGGCGGAUGCAGCUUUCUAAGACAAGCCGAGUUUUUGCAUUCUUUUUGGUUGUGAGGUAUUUGGGAUUAGAUACGUUUUUUGAAUCAGUUUGAUGGCAUGUAGAUUAUUCAAAUUCUUCAAUUCCCAAAGUAUCUAUAUUAGGUUCACAUAGGAAGAUCAAAUUUGUAAUGUCUUCCCUUUGAGAGCAAUGUCUAUUCCAGAUGCAUCUAUGGCA